CGCCGCCUGAAGCUGUCUCAUCAUGGACGAACGUGCGCACUCGCUGUCCAAUCGCAGACUUGGCUGCGGUCGUGUGCGUGCCCAAAAUGGAAGACAAGCAUAGCACGUUGCUGGGCAUAGGAGGGGCACACGAGCAAUCCUGGGCGUUCGCUGACGAGCUAUCUCUAUAAACACGUUGACCCUCUUCCUUACCCUCCCAAUCUCUGCCGUCUACCGCCAUGUCUACCAGAAGCUCGUACGCGGCCAGCGCGAACCCUGCUCGCAAGGCAAAGCGAGCUCGCCUUGUAAACUCAACCGACGCUCUCCAAGGCUCUGCAGAUCUUCGCUCUGCCUCGCCCCAUCAGCCCUUCAUCCUCCCCAAACCUGCGUCCAAGCCCAUCGUCGAUACGCCGCCCGUGAUGACUCUAUCACCUGUCAAGCGCGGUCGCAAGCCCAGCGGCGUCUCGCGCGCGUCGCGUGAAGCGCAGCGCAAGCUCAAUCACUCCAUCAUCGAGAAGGCUCGUCGCACCAAGAUCAACGAGGCACUCUCGACCCUCAGCUCGUUGAUCCCGGCCGACUACGACAAUCGCCCGGCUGACGUCGACGACACAGGGAAGGAGGAUGCAGACGACAGCGGUGACGAUGACGAAGACUACGUCGACCGCAAGCAGACAGCGGGGCGGCGUGGAGGGCCGAAGAAGGAGAAGGAGUUCAAGCUCGAGAUCCUCGUGAAGACGGUGGCGUACAUGCAGGAUCUCAUCCAGCGCGUCACGGACCUCGAGGCUGAAGCGAAGGUGCCGGCAUCUGCGUCAUUGCCUUCCCCGUCGUGUGCCAACUGCGGCACUCGCACGGCGACGAAGCGGAAGCGGGGCGCGAGUGACUCCUUCGACGGCACGCGCGAGCCUGCUAGCGACGAGAGUGCUACUCCCAGACUACCCUCCAUCUCCGAGAUGCUCUCCGAGCGUACUCGCGAUGUCGAUGCGGGGUCCUAUCUCCCUUCGCCCCCAUCUUCUACCAAAUUCCCCGCUCGCGGCCGGUCGGACAGCCUCGAUAUUCCGCCUCCGCUGUCUCUGGGUCCGACUCUGCAAGCCGCUGCUGCCAAAUCUUCGUCGCCCGCUACGCAGUCUUGCGCCGCCAUACCGCUCAUCUCGCCCACGACAUCUCCUCUCCUAUCGCCGGAGGACGAGUCCGCUGCGUCGCUUCUACUGAACAUGAGGUCGUCAACGAUAGGAGGACAUGGCAUGAGAGAUCUUGAAAUGGGGAAUGGAGGCUUUGCGUCACACGCACUCUCUCGCGAGUAUGUCGGGAAGGAGAAGCAGACCCCCAGUUCGUUGUUGGGCAUUGUUCUAUGAAUCUUGGAAGGCUCUACUACUCUAUUAUAUCCAACUCUGCUCCGUACUGUAUAUCAAUGUGUACCUUGUAUGUAUGUUUGUCCGUUCCCGCAUAGAUUUGAACAUGAUUUCCUAGAGACGCAA